AUGGGCAAAUUAAGCUCUAAAAAAGUACUUACCAUUCUCUUCCUUGUCCAGUUCUCAUGUGUUGUUGCUUCUACCACUUCUACUGAAGAGGCAAAUGCUCUCCUAAGAUGGAAAGCUAGCUUUACAAACCAAACACAAUCUCGGUUAACUUCUUGGACGCUGCUUUCUCCUAAUGCCGCCAAAUCCAAGCCACUCACAACCCCAUGUUCUUGGCUUGGAAUUUCAUGCAAUUUAGCUGGAAGUGUCAUCAAAAUAAACCUUACCAGUUUCGGUUUAAAUGGUACGCUAUAUGAGUUUUCAGCCUCCUCUUUCCCUCAUCUUAAAUAUGUUGAUCUUACAAUAAAUUCACUCUCUGGUGUUAUUCCAUCUCAGAUUGGUAACCUGUCAAAGCUCAUUUAUCUUGAUCUAUCCUUUAAUCAAUUCUCUGGAAAAAUCCCACCUGAAAUUGGUCUCCUGACAGAUCUUCAGGUCCUGCACCUUGUUGAAAACCAAUUGAAUGGCUCAAUUCCAUCCGAAAUUGGUCAGUGUCGAUCUCUUAACGAGCUUGCCUUGUCUAGCAACAGUCUAGACGGUCAAAUUCCUGCUUCUCUUGGUAAUCUGAACAACCUGGUUAGGUUAUAUCUCUUCAAUAAUUCGUUUUCCGGUCUCAUUCCUGAAGAAUUAGGAAAUUUGAUGUGUCUUGCACAUCUAAGCCUUCACACUAAUAAUCUUUCUGGCUCUAUUCCAGCAUCACUGGGUGGGUUGACAAACCUCACCUUACUUCAUCUCUAUGGAAAUCAGCUUUCUGGUCCCAUUCCUAAAGACCUUGGAAACUUGAAAUCUCUCACAGAUCUACGGUUGAGUGUAAACCAAUUAAAUGGCUCACUUCCUACUUCUUUUGGCAAUCUAAUUAAUUUAGAAAUAUUAUAUCUUUGCCAAAACCAACUUUCUGGAUCCAUUCCUCAAGAAAUAGGGAAUCUCAUGAAAUUGUCAGUACUGCAACUACAUACAAACCAGUUUAUUGGUCCUUUGCCCAACAUUUGCCAAGGUGGUUCACUCACAAACUUUUCUGCAAGCAAUAAUAAUCUCACAGGUAACAUCCCCAAGGGCUUGAAAACAUGCAUAAGCUUGGUGAGAGUCCAUCUUGAAGUCAACCAACUCACCGGAAAUUUAGCCACAGAGUUUGGUAUCUAUCCAAACCUGAGCUUCAUAGACAUGAGUCAUAACAAAUUCCAUGGUGAAAUAUCAUCUAAAUGGGGAAGCUGUCCCAAUUUAACUACCCUACAUGCGGCGAGGAACAAUAUCACCGGAACCAUACCACCAGAGAUUGGAAAUGUAGCUCAGCUACAUUCACUUGAUCUUUCUUCCAACAAUUUAGUUGGGAAGAUUCCAAAGACAUUGGGAAAGUUGACUACUCUUAUUAAGAUCAACCUCAGUGACAAUCAACUUUUCGGUGUCAUGCCUCCAGAAAUUGGGCUACUGACUAAUCUUGAGUCUUUGGACCUAUCCUCAAACAAAUUAAGCCAGGCAAUACCGGAAGAUCUAGGAAACUUGGUCAAGCUGCACUAUCUGAAUUUGAGCAACAACAAAUUUAGCCAAGAAAUUCCAGCUCAGUUCAAGAAGUUAUUUCACUUGUCUCAGUUAGAUUUGAGUCAUAAUUCUCUCGGAGGAGAGAUACCAUCACAAAUGAGCCAUUUGGAGAGCUUGGAGCAGCUAAAUCUCUCCCAUAAUUCUCUUACCGGUUCCAUUCCGAACAGUUUUGAGGAAAUGAGGGGCCUGUUGUAUGGUGACGUAUCCUACAAUCAGUUGAAGGGCCCUAUUCCUAAGAGCAAAGCAUUUCAAGAUGCUGAUAUGUUACAAGGGAACAAGGGAUUGUGCGCCAAUCUUCCCAGCUAA